AUUCAUUGUAUUGUUUAAACUAUAAUAUUUAUUUUAACAUAAUUAAAAAGUUAGAUCUAGUUUACAUUUCUUGUUACUUAUGAAAAAUGAAUUAAUUUGUACUCUGCUGAUUUAUAAUUACAUAAUCCAAAAUGUAAAAAAAACAUGGAUAUAAAAAUUGUGCUUAAGGUCAAAAUUAUGGAUUAGAGCUUGUCAUAGAGACGACUUAUUGUUAAAAACACCUACUGAAUUAUAUAAUAAUUAUAAAAUGUGCAAAUUGCAUUUUAAGAAGUAUAUGUUUCUCAAUUACGAACAAACAAGAUUGCAACCACAUGCUAUUCCAAGUUCUAUCUUGAUAAGCGAUAAAGAAGAUACAACACAAAAUGAAACAAGCGAAGUAUUAUUAGACACAGAGCCAUCAAUAUCAAUGUUAUCUUCGAUUGAAACACAAACAGAAAUAACAUAUUCAUCUUCAGUAGGAACACAAAUAUCAUUAUCAUUAUCUGCAAAUUCUCCAAAGGUUUAUCUAUAUCGAAAUAUACAAAAAUAUAAAAAGCAAACAGCUACUUUGGAAUUAACAAGUCAUCAAAAGGAUAAGGAAGAAGAUAUUAACAUUUAUUCACACAGCUGGAUAAAUUUUAUCCAAAAAAAAUGUCGGAUUUCUUGAAACAACAAGCACUUUUAUUACAAAAAACGCAAAAGAUAGAAGAUAUACUGCUGCA